ACAACGCGUCGUGCGCGCGCUCCAUAUUGCUCGUAUCUGAACCUCAAAUGUUGUCGGGAUGUUCCUUGUGAGCCGUGACGUGAGGUGUUGAUUCACGUGACCAUUCUCAUCCCGUACCCCUUCUGUAGCGUUUUUCGGCGGGGUGAUCGUUUAGUAAUAUCCAAGGAAAUAGCCUAUCGCUAAUCAAAGUGAGGCGAUGGCCUCAGUUCUCAGCGGAUACGAAAACGAUGUCUCAGCUUCUGGACGAGCCGGCCGCUCCAUGGAGGACCUGCCAGACGAGUUGGUGCUGCACAUCCUGCGGCACCUGUCCGACGGCUUCGCGCUCCUGGACGCGCUGCCGCUGGUGUGCCGGCGCUGGCACCGACUGUGCCAAGACGUGCGCCUGUGGAGCAACGUGUCGGCCGACACCCGCUUCUGGAAGGCCCAAGACGACCCGCGCUUGCUGCUGCACGCCCCGGCCCUGCGCUGCCUCUCCCUGCACCGUCAAACCGCCAAGGGGAUCGACAAGGACUGCCUGCCAGCCGCCGUGGGCCGCAGCCUGGCAGUGGUCCGCGAGGCCGUGACGGUGACGCACGGCGGGCUGCUGCGCCUGGGCCAGCAGGGCGGCGGCGGGCUGCUGGCGCUGCUGUGGCGCAGCCGCCACACCCUGCGCCGCGUCCUCGUGCCCUGGGCGGACGCCUCGUUGGAGACUCCCAGUCACCGCCUCUCCUUCCUCGAGGUUCUCGCGCGCAUCGAGUGCUUGGAGGUGCUUCACCUGCACGUGGGCGUCAAAACGGUUCUCCAGUACUCCGGCCAGUUGGGGCAGGACGAGGCAACGGUCCCGCUGCGUGAGCUUCAGAUCCGCGCUUGCAAGGCGGCCUCCAAGUGGACCGUGCAGCGGGCCGUCCCCGAGGACCUGGUGCUGGACCUGGUUCGCCGCGCUGGCGCCGGCCUGCGCGAACUGCGGCUGGACGGGCGCUGGCCCGUGCCGCCGCGAGUGCUGCAGCAGCUGGACCGGAGCCAGCUCCGCGACGUGUCGGCGCACAGCUCCGUCCUGGGCAUGGCCGCCAAGGCCCUGCGCAGCGUGGAGCGCUUGACGCUCAGCGUGAUGCUGGACCAGGACGGCGGGGCGGACGACGUGGACAUGGAGGACCCGGACGCCGACAGCGCGGGCAGCGACGACGAGGCCGACGGCCUCGACGACCAGCCGUUCCAGGAGUUCAUGGCGGACUUGAGGACGUCGGGCAUGGCCUUGGUGAGCGCGGCCCUGGCGCGCUGCGAGGCCGCCGCGUCGCUCAGGAUGCUGGCCCUGACCGUGACCGACGUGGACCUGGCCGAGGACGAGAACUUCCGCGUGGACUGCCGCAAGUUGGUGGAUGCUUUCAAGGAGCGCAGGCCUCUCGUGCAGACUCAGUUGGACUUCCACUGUACGUUCAGAGCGGAAGCGUACUAGCUGGUCUUCCACUGUAACUCUAGGGUGGAGGCACUCCACAUGACUUUCCUAGAAUUUUUCUUCUAGGACUCUCAGUGUAGGCGUUCUGGGUAGGAGGCUGGCAAGAUUAAAAGCCGACUUCAUUGCACUUCCAUUGCACCUUCCUAGAGGAGGCGUUCUAGGAGACUGGCCUGAUUACCAGCCGACUAAGUUGCAUUUUCGUUGUACCUUCUGAGUGGAGACGUUUCAGGGGCUGGCUUGAUUACCAGCUGACUGAGCAAACUGCUAAAGUCUCGGAAACGGGAAUAUCAUGGGUUAAAGACCCGCUAAUCAAUUUAAUGUGAGCCCUGUUUAUAAUCGUUAUCUUCGUUUUAUGAGUCCAGAUCUGAUCAAAGAGUUGGAAUUUGUGUUCAAAUAUUUGUAAAUAGGUUUAGUCGGACGUAGGCACAUGUGUCGUUAUUAAACCUGAUUGUUUUCGUAA